CCGCUUGUCUUGCUUUGACUUCACAGCUGCGGACGAAGUGAAAGAGAUCUUUGCUAAGGCGAGGAACGGAGCCUAUCGCCUGCUGAAGGUCGUUAUUGAGAUGGAGACUCUGGUGCUGGGAGGCACCAAGCAUGCGUCUAAGAAGUGGGACCAGGAGUAUGAUMCCUAUGUGCUGCCUCUCCUACAGGAGGACAUGCCCUCCUACCUCCUGUACAGGCUGGACUCUACUAACAACCAGGGAUAUGAGUGGAUCUUCCUGGCCUGGUCACCUGACCGCUCACCUGUUAGACAGAAGAUGUUAUAUGCUGCUACAAGAGCUUACACUGAGAAGGAGUUUGGGGGUGGACACAUUAAAGAUGAUAUUUGGCACAGUGGAG